AGAGCAAAUCCACAACAGUGACGAUGAAGCUCUCAACAAGCUUGCUACUGCCAGCCAUUGUUGGCGCAGCAGCUGCUUCGUCGGAUGCGAGUGUCUACAUUUUCCAGCGGGACGAAUUGCCCAGGUCCUCGAAUCCCCCAACCCUGACCCCGGAGCAGGCAAGAUUGGUCUUCGCACAACGGUUAGCCACCUCACAGUAUCAUGGAUUGGGAGAUGCGAGCGAAUCCACAUUAUCGUAUAUCAACAGCUUCGGUGGCCGAAGAGGGUCGUUCUUUGAGGAUGCUGCAAACGAUACGCCGGCAGAGCUGGUGUUGAUUGUGGAGGGUGUAUCUUCAAAGACGGCACAACCUCUGAUUGAUGAGUUGUCAACCAUAAAGCCUGCUUUUGCUAUUUCAAAAGCACCAUCGAUGACUGCGAACAAGGAGUUGGUGUCGGAUAUCAACCAGCAAUGUGGACAGGGGAAGAAGAAGUGUGCACUGCAGGACGCUAUCAACCCGUUCGAUGUGUCCUGCUGGAAUGGAAAUUUAAAGAUUAUCCACUUUGACUUAAUCAAGGAGAAGAACGGUAUCGCGGAGUUGAUGUCUGCCAAGGAAAGAUUAAUUCGAUUUGCCAACAAAGGAGAGAUGAAUGUGGUUGUGGUUCUCAUGCCAGAGUCAGCGAGAUCAGCCAAGAGCCCAUCGAACCCAUACGGAAGAUACGAAAAAGUCUCGCAGAGUCCAAUUGGCCGCAGACAGACUGAGGAGCCGAUGAUCGAUGGUGUUUUCACCCCUCCUGCUUCCCGCAACAAACAAGUCAUGGCCUCGAACUCAUCGGACAACUCGACUGUUGAGCCUGCUGAGCCCAUUACUGGUGUUCCCCCGCUCUGUCACUCCUCUCACGAUGCUUGCGUAUCAGCUACAAACAACUGUUCGGGUCAUGGAGCGUGCUACAAGAAGUAUGGGAAUGCAAAAGAUGUGGGAGAUGCUCCAAGCGCAUGUUUUACCUGCGGUUGCACGCCGACAAACAAUUCCUUCACCUACGCAGGUGGUAAAAAGAAGGGCUUUACACUUGAAUACUGGGGUGGAUCGGCUUGCCAGAAGAAAGAUGUCAGUAGCCCAUUCUGGCUGAUUACCAUCUUUAGUGUGGUUAUGAUUGGUGUUGUUGGCUGGGCAAUUGGCUUGCUUUUCAGCAUUGGAGAAGAGAAGCUUCCUGGAGUGAUUGGUGCUGGUGUUUCAAGCAAGACGAGAUAAGUGAGAUGUGUCUGUUGUAUGAUUUUGACGGAAUGGGCUCGUUUCCGUGAGCUUUGCUCUGCGACGGUGGACGGCGUUUAGAAGAUUGUACUUAUUUUAGGCUUGAUGCAUGUAUAGAAGCGGAAUAGGGUC